AUGAUAGACGUAUCAUCAUUCAUCAAAGUGUUGAUGAGAAUAUUUAUAUUUUUGUUUUUAUUGAUAAACACUUCUGUAUUAGCAACAACUGUUGAGAAUCAUAAUAACGAUAAUAAUAAUAAUAAUAAUAAUAACAACACUAUUAUAACAACAUUCUAUGUAACAAAUAUAAAUAUUAGUAGUAGUAAUAAUAAUAGUAGUGUAUUAUGUGGUCAAAGCAUUUUAACAGCAUGUCCAGAUAUACAAAGUGCAUUUGAUGCAUUCUACCAACAACAACCAUCAUUUCAACAACGAUUGACAAUCAUUUUAACUGCACCACCAAAUAAUAACAAUAAUAAUAGUACUACCAAUAACUCUACAAUAAUAUUUAAUAGUGAAAGAAAUAGUAAUUUAAUUAUUAAUCAAAGUAUAGUUAACAUUACAACAACAAACCAAGACUAUGGAUUGAUUACAAUCGAUUUGUAUAAUAUGACAUCAUGUUUUGCUCAAGUAGUAUCUAGUGUAGAUAUGAACAACUGUACAUUUGCAAAUGUUGUGGCACAGGCAUCAAUCGUCUAUGUACAGGGUGCAGGUUUCACUAAUUUCUUCUCUGUUGAUGUCGUCUAUGGUAGUGGUAACAACAUACUCUGGCUACACGACGUUGGUGUCGUAACCAUUGAAUCGAAUACGUUUACUGAAUUCAACAGUGUAGGUCAUGUGGUAGACAUGUAUGGCAACGACAAUAUCACAGUGUCAAGUAGCUGGUUCUCUGAAUUGGCCGGUACAUCCGUUAUCAAUAACAAUGCCGGUCAAUAUUACACGGGAUUCACCAACAUCACAUCCUGCACCUUUUAUUCGAAUCAAGUCGAAUCGUCGGUACUCUUAUCGAAUGGUGGUGCAUCAUUAUUGAUUGCAGACACCAAGUUUUCCAUGAACUCUGCUGGUGGAAACGGCUCUGCCUUUUACCUCUCUGAAAACUUGGACACUGUCAUUAUGAAUUCGACCUUUUACUCUGGUGAUUCUCAAGGUUAUGGUGGUGCAAUCUAUGCAAUUGACAGUACAGUACGUCUUGACAAUUGCAAUAUCGUCCAAAACCGUGCCGGGUAUGGUGGAGCCAUUUAUCUAGUCAACUCGUCCUUAUCGCUUACCAAUACCGACGUUGGAUUAAAUAUGGCAAUUGAUAAUGUCGGUGGUGCAAUCGCAUGUAAUAGCAUGAUAUUCAGUCACGUAGAGUUGAACGAUGGAAACACAUUUUAUGCCAACAAAAAUUCACAAUCCGUGCCAAUCACUGGUACUGGAUGCUACAACAAUGGAAAUCUAUACAUGUGUAGUGUCAAUGGUACUUCAUGUGGACCCAAUACAACUGGUGGUGGUAGCGGUAGUUAUCCCGAUAAUAAUGACAACACUCCAAAUAAUCACCAUACUGCAUUGAUUAUUAUAUUUUCAGUUUUAGGUGGUGCCAUUGGAAUAGUUAUCAUUGUUACCAUUAUAAUAUAUCGUCAUCAUCGUCAUCAUCAUCAUCAUCAUCAUGAUAGUCAUCAUCAUAGUUAUCAACAUGAAUAUGCACCAAUUUUACAGUAA